AUGCAUGUCCAGUCUGCGAAAAGAAUGGAAGAUAAUGUACCCGCCAGCACUUUAAAAGAGGGCCAAUGGAUCCCAAUUCUACAGCAAGUUUUGUGGAACUUGUUUGCUGAGCAGAAAGACUCGAUUACGACGACUACACCUAUGUCUUUCAAAAUUGUAUCGUCCUGCAUUCUGCUCGCAUUUUACGCGCUCAGUGGAAUCGCAAGUCCUGUUGGUACUAGCACCACCGAGGAAUUAGUGAGGACUCCUGUGGGCCUGGUCCCGAAGUCAAACGUUCAUAUGGUCCCCGAAGGUGGCAAGAUCAUCCAUUCGGAUACGGAAAUACGUCUGCUCAAUGCUGAUGGCUCGCUCUUCCACACCGCGCCGUUGAAUAAAAAUGCUCGUUUGAACUUCCCAACCCCCCAAAAUCGCACCGCCCAUCGUCGAAACCUCGAGGAUGCAACAGUCGCAGCGUUCGCAGCUGUAAACAGUAUAGGAGGGUUCGAAGGAAAUUGGGUACAACCACCAUUGCCUCAAGUCCAGAGCGGCCAGCUCCUCAUGUAUUUUGCCGGUAUUGCUCCAUCCAAUAUCGACGCUCUCAUCAUACCUACUCUGCAAUAUGGGGUUUCUGCCGCUGGUGGCGGGACAUUCUGGAGUCUCGUGUCGUGGUUUAUCUCUGGAGAUCAAGUCGCGCAUUCCAACCUCACUCAACUCGGAGCAGGCACGGUCCCCAUCGAUUCAUUCGUAGUGAACGAGGACGAGUUCUUGGCCACACCUCCAGCACAUGCCUGGUUCUGUGGCUUCUCAGGAUUCCAGGCAGCAGGUCUGAACGUCCAGACACUGGAGAAUUUCAACACGGCCGUUGUGGCACUCGAGAUCACUGGAGGAAAUGAUAUUGGAAACUUGCCCAAUGAACCGACAGACCUUAACCAAAUUUUCAUUCUGGAUGCCAAUUCAAACGGAAUUUUCCCAAUCCCGUGGCAAUUCGGGCAAGAUACAGCCGACGGAAUCACCAUUGUCAGGCCUCCCAAUAACUUGAAUGGCGAUGAGACUUUGGUUUUCGAGUAUUAA